AUGCGGGACGGUCCGAACUCUAAGCACGAGAUGCGGGACGGUCCGAGCUCUAAGCACGAGAUGCGGGACGGUCCAAACUCUAAGCACGAGAUGCGGGACGGUCCGAGCUCUAAGCACGAGAUGCGGGACGGUCCAAACUCUAAGACAGAGAUGCAGGACAGUGCUGCUUCGACCCCUCCGAACCCUUUGGAGGUGCCGCUUGUAACCCCUCCGAACCCUUCGGAUGUGCCGCUUGUAACCCCUCCGAACCCUUCGGAGGUGCCGCUUGUAACCCCUCCGAACCCUUCGGAUGUGCCGCUUGUAACCCCUCCGAACCCUUCGGAUGUGCCGCUUGUAACCCCUCCGAACCCUUCGGAGGUGCCGCUUGUGACCCCUCCGAACCCUUUGGUGGUGCUGCUUCUGACCCCUCCGAACCCUUAG